UUAGCAGUAGCUCCGCCCCCGCGGAGCGCGGAGGGGGCGGGGUCCUGUGGGUGGGGCCAGCGUGACCUUGGUCAUUCUCCCGCCGAGGCAGCCCUCGGGGUGGGACUCGCUGUCUCUAUGGAGACCGAGAAACAGGGGAUAAUACGGCGGAACCGCCCGGGCUGCAGUCCCGCCCCGAAGCCGGCAGGGAGCAGAGCUUUGGAGCCGCCUGGUCUCCCGCGUCUGUCGGUCCGUUCUUGCGUCCUUCUGUCCAUCGAACACGCACUGCAGAAACAGCCACGAAGUAGAAGCAGGGUGGCAUGGCAACGAGCACAGAUGUGGCUGGGCUGGAGGAAAGCUUCCGCAAAUUUGCCAUCCAUGGUGACCCCAAGGCCAGUGGGCAAGAGAUGAAUGGCAAGAACUGGGCCAAGCUGUGCAAGGACUGCAAGGUGGCUGACGGAAAGGCCGUGACAGGGACGGAUGUCGACAUCGUCUUCUCCAAAGUCAAGGGAAAGUCUGCUCGGGUUAUCAACUAUGAGGAGUUCAAGAAGGCCCUAGAAGAGCUGGCAAUGAAGCGAUUCAAAGGGAGGAGUAAGGAGGAAGCCUUUGAUGCUAUCUGCCAUCUGGUGGCAGGCAAGGAACCAGCCAAUGUGGGCGUCACCAAAGCAAAGACCGGAGGUGCUGUGGAACGGCUGACCGACACCAGCAAGUACACAGGCUCCCACAAGGAGCGCUUCGAUGAGAGCGGCAAGGGCAAGGGCAUUGCUGGGCGUCAGGACAUCCUGGAUGACAGCGGCUAUGUGAGUGCCUACAAGAAUGCAGGCACCUAUGAUGCUAAGGUGAAGAAGUGAGGCCUGGGAAGGCCCCCAGUGCGGCUGCCCCCAGCAGAGCCUCAGGCCUGGGCCUAAAGGGCACGUGGAGCAAGAGAGCCCUGUCCCCUCUCUGCUGGACCUACCACCCAGUGCUUUCUGGCCAGCCCCACAGGGCCAGCCCACCAGGCCUCUGACCCAGACUGCUCUGUGUCCCCUUCCCCUUUCCUCCCUGACUUCUGGCUGGCUGGGGAGAGUCUGUGCCUACAGCCCCACUGCCCCACCCUAGCCCCGGGCAUGGCUAACCCCUGCGUGCUUGCCUCAUAUUUAAGCUGCUGCUCUGGCCAAGUGCCAAAUUCUUACCCAGACCUCAAUAAAGACACCUUUUGUACCAA